CGCUCCCCGUCCCCGUCCCGUCCCCGUCCCGCUCCAUGGAAGCGGCCAACGGGGCCGUGCCCGAGGGCGCGGCCGGGGAGCCCCGCGGCAGCGCGGCCGCCCCGUCGGGAGCGAAGGAGGUGAAGGUGGUGAUCGUGGGGGACGGGGGCUGCGGGAAGACGUCGCUGCUCAUGGUGUACGCCAAGGGCUCCUUCCCCGAGCAAUACGCGCCCUCUGUCUUCGAGAAGUACACGACGAGCGUGACGGUGGGGAAGAAGGAGGUGACUCUGAACCUGUACGACACCGCAGGGCAGGAGGACUACGAUCGGCUGCGACCUCUUUCUUACCAGAACACAAAUGUCGUGUUAAUUUGUUACGAUGUCAUGAACCCCACUAGCUAUGACAAUGUAGCAGCCAAGUGGUACCCCGAAGUGAAUCACUUCUGCCGGGGGGUCCCGCUCGUGCUCAUCGGCUGCAAGACGGACCUGCGGAAGGACAAGGAGCAGCUGCGCAAGCUCAGGGCUUCCAAGCAGGAACCCAUCACUUACAGCCAGGGAGAGGCAGCUUGUCAGGAGAUUAAUGCAGAGGUUUAUCUGGAAUGCUCAGCAAAAUGCCGUGAAAACAUAGAAAAUGUUUUUAAAGAAGCAACAACCAUUGCACUGAAUGCCAUGAAAAAAGCCAAGCGCCACAGGAAAAGGAAAGUGUGCUCAGUGUUAUGAUCUGGACUGCACAAGAGCCAAGAGAUUCAGGUUUUAUAAAUAGUUUAACUUUGAAGACUUUUUUUUUUAUUAUUAUAUGUUUGUAUUCCUAGAACAAUUUGUAUUUUAAAAUUUUAAUUAUUUUUAGUAUUUUGCACUUUUGUUACGUUGUUCUCCAAGUUUUGGAAGCUCUUUGUCACAGUUAACUGAUGCUGUGUGCCUCUGCCCAUCUGGCUUUUGCUUCUAACUGCAAACAACUCCCUAUUUAAAUUGCAAUGAACAGCAACUGCUACUGUAUGACUUAGUGGCUUUUUUAUUCCUCUGCAAAAUAAUUGUGGCACGUUAUAGCUACAAUUUGCUGUCAUUUUCAAGCAGAAAAGCUGAAAACCCACAUAUUUUAGAAGUAGUAAUAUUUAAAGCAGUUUAUCAGGCACCUUUGAAGAGACAGAAAUGAAGUUUUGUUUAACUGUAACUGUACCUUUGUACAGAUUUUGUGCAACUUUAUCCUCUGCUGGUUACACGAGCAGCUGGUGAAGAACUCUCUUUUGGAGCAAGCCAUCAUUUCUGCUUUACAUGCAGGGUAAAGACAUCUUGAUCCUUGAAAAAUCUUUUGUUUGUUCUUCUCUUAACUUGAUUUAAUUAAGGCUUGUGAAUCCCUAAGAGCUUAAAAUGGAAAAUUAAAAAAAAAAAUAAUUGCAAGUUUGUGCACGUUUGACUACAGAAAAAUCUUGAAUUGUGCAGCCUUUUCUCCACAAGAAGAAAUCUGUCAGUAAAGAAACACAGCCACCCCUCACCUUCCCCAGUACAAAACUGAAACACCAACGCACAGGAAGUGACCACAUUUACCAUCAGCUCCCGUGGAAAUCUCUCAGAGUUUUUAAUCUGAGUUUCUCAUGCUGCAGAACUCACGUUACUGAUCCCUGCAGAACCAGCUCCACGCCUCAACAUACAGCAGGUUCCAGCAUCGCUCUCAAAAUAAAGCAAUUCUCAUUUCAUAAA